AUUUUAAUGCAAUAAGAAAAAGCGGAUAGUGUCAGAUUUCUGGUAGUGAAAGAAAGGAAAGAACAUUCUUCCAUUGACGCAGCAUCAAGAAAGAUCGCCACCAUCAGCUCGGAGGCAGACCUGGUACCCAAACCCAAAAUAUCCCAGCUUCUGUCCAUGGUGUGUCCCAUGGAGCUAAUGAGAAUGCUAAUGAGGGAUUAUUGAUUUGUCGAAGCUGGGUUCACUUCCGGUGAGCUUCUGUGAAAAGGGGUCUUGGGUUCAAGGAGGAGCGCGGGGGAGAAGUGUAAAUUGCGUUGCGGCCUGCGGGGGAAGACUGAUGAAGGAAUUGUUUGGGAGUCCAGGGAAGGCGAGUGGGCUGGGGCUGAGGAUUGGGCAGUUUGUGUUUGCAGCUGCUUCGAUUGGGGUGAUGGUUUCUGCCCAUGGCUUCUUCAACUCCACAGCUUUCUGCUAUCUAAUUGCGUCAAUGGGGCUUCAAGUCCUAUGGAGUUUCGGACUUGCAUGCCUUGAUCUACAUGCAUUAAAAUCAAAGAGAAGCUUGCAGAAUCCCGUCUUAGUGAGCCUAUUUGUUGUCGGCGAUUGGGUGACAUCUAUCCUGUCACUUGCAGCAGCAUCUGCAUCAGCAGGAGUCACGAUUUUGUACGCUCGAGACCUGCACUACUGCAAUGCCACACCUCACUUCCCAUGCAAAAAGUUCCAAAUCUCCAUUGCUUUGGCUUUCAUCUCCUGGUUUCUCCUUGCAGUGUCGUCCCACGUCAUGUUCUGGCUCAUGGCGUCUGUAUGAAGUUUAAAAAUUCACAGAAGUGCGAUUCAUUUUGUAGCUGUAAAUACAAGUCACUCUGAGGCCUGAGCAACAGAAUCCAUCCCCCCUUCCCUCUCUCUCCUUUUGUUAACUCGGCUCUCCUUUUUUGAGCCCUACAUUACAGCUUGUUCUCUUCGCAAUGAAAAAGUUGACCUGGACAAAACCUUCCUGUUGCUCAGUUGCUCUCUCUAUUCCCCUCUAUCAAUUACAUCAGCUCC